AGAGAGAGAGAGAGAGAUNUCGAAGGGGAGGAGAGGGGGCGGCGCGUAGUAUAGAGAUGCCUCUCGAGGAGCCGUUGCCGGGGUCGAGGAGGGCGCUAGGGUUCAGCCCCUCGCGGAGCCCUGCGAGCGCGAGCUCGAGGCUCUACGGCGCGGCGGCGCAGCCGCACGCGGCGGCGGCGACGCGGCCGCAGCGGGUGUCGCCCGCCGCCGCCGCCGCUGGGAGGAAGCCGCCGGAGCCGCUGCGGAGGGCCGUCGCCGAUUGCCUCUCUCCGCCCGCGUCGCACCCCCAUGGAAGCACCAACCCUUCCUCCGCCGCCUCCGAGGCGUCGAAGACCCUUCGGGAUUUCAUUGCAAACCCAUCAACUAUUGAUAUGGCUUAUACUGUACUUGUGGAACAUGCUCUUGCAGAGAGAGAUCGCAGCCCAGCGGUAGUUCCCAGAUGUGUGGCAUUAUUAAAACGGUAUCUUCUUCGCAGAUAUAUACCAAAGGUGCAGACUCUGAGACAGAUUGAUCAGUUUUGUGUAAAUUCAAUUGCGAAGUGUGAAUCUGUGGAAAACCCAAGGACAUCAUUGUGGUCUGGACCAUCAGCAAUAUCAUCAAACACUUAUCUUUCUUCACUCUCAGCUUCCGCAUCUGCGUCGCUCGUAAAGUCCUUAAACUAUGUCCGCUCCCUGGUGGCAAGGCAUAUUCCUAAGUUAUCCUUCCAGCCAAUAUCUCAAUCUGGUGCCUCAGCUUCUGCAAAACAAUCUCUUCCAACUCUAUCAUCUUUGCUGAGUAGGUCUUUUACUUCUCAGCUAAAUCCAGAAGUUGUUAGCAGCAGUGACUCUCUAGAAUUAAAAGAAGGGCCUAGUUCGUCUGCAUUAAAAAUAUCAGCUAAUGAAAAUGUAGAUUUGGGAGAAAGUAAUAUGUAUUUAUUCUUUGACAUCCUAAAAUGGCGAUGGCGUGGGGAUGGAGAAAACCGAACAUCUAUACAAGAAAGUGAUGACAUUAUGAGGCUCCGAGAUUUCCAUAUGCAUGGUUUCUUUGAGGUUGGUGCUGCAGCUCUUUUAGUUGGGGAUAUGGAGGCAAAGAUGAAGGACCGACCCUGGAAAUAUUCUGUUGUUCAAGACUUCCCUGAUAUUGAUUUACUGCAACCUUCAACAGCAACCACAGCUGCUAAUUUUGCAUCUGCUCAUGGCCAUUUGAAAGCAAUAACUGCUUCAAAAAGAAUGAAACCAGGCCCUCAUCAAGUUUGGGUGAAUGUACCGGCAAGCACAUAUCAUCCUCAAGCACGCCCCCUCUUCCAGUAUAGACACUACAGCGAGCAGCAACCUUUAAAGCUGAACCCUGCUGAGAUCAGUGAAGUCAUAGCUGAGGUUUGCUCAGAAUCAUCCUCGCCAAAUGUAACUCAGUUGAGCACACCUUCAAGAUUGAAUAACCAUGCCAGGCAGCCUUCUCAAGAUGUUGCUUUCAGUGUCCUCAUCAAACUUGUCAUCGAUAUGUAUAUGAUGGACUCUGGGUCUGCUGCUCCUCUCACUCUUUACAUGCUAGAGGGUAUGCUUAGCUCUCAAAGAGUGGCUUCUAGAACCCGGGCUUUUGAUUUAAUUCUGAACCUUGGUGUCCAUGCACAUUUGCUGGAACCUAUGUUACCUGAAGAUACUCCCAUAACCGAAGAAGGCAAAACUUUGCAAGAGCCUUAUCUGAACAGCGAUGAACGCGAUGAACAAUUUGGAACACAGCAAAAAAGAAAUAAAGAGCUUGGGAUGAACCAGAAGACCAGUUCAGCUAUUGAUAAUUUUGAGUCAUGGCUUUUGGUCAUGCUAUUUGAGAUUCUUCUUCUUCUGGUUCAGAUGGAAGAGUGGGAAGAAAUUGUAUGGGCAUCGGCUCUAAGUUGUCUAUUCUACUUCAUUUGUGAUAGAGGGAGGAUACUAAGGAGCAGACUCCAAGGUCUUGAUAUAAGGGUUAUUAAGACUCUUCUUGAGAUUAGCAGCAAGCAUUCAUGGGCUGAAGUCGUGCACUGCAAGCUCAUCUGCAUCUUGACGAACAUGUUCUAUCAAAUACCAGAUGGAGCUGCUGAACCUGUCUCAGAUACUCCUAUAUUUCUUGUUGAACAGGUUGAUCUUCUUGGUGGCAUUGACUUCAUCUGUCUUGAGUAUUCACGGGCUAACUCUAGGGAAGAAAAGUGUGAUCUUUUUCUCAUCCUUUUCGACUAUGUAGUGCACCUAAUAAAUGAAGCUUGCUUGGCUGGCAGUGUUUCCACCUAUGCCUUUGAGGAAAUUCAACCCAUCGCUUCCCUCCUUACUUUUGCAGAUGCACCAGAGGCUUUUUACAUUACAGUGAAGCAUGGAGUUGGAGGAGUUGGGGAUAUUUUAAGAACAUCUGUCUCUGCUGCGUUAUCACAAUCACCAGACUAUGAGCGCCUAAAUUUGCUCUUGGACAAGAUCACAAGAAAGCUUGAUGCUAUUAUUAGCACAUUUAUUCGGUUGGAUUACGAGUUCUCUUACAUGAUUCAGAUCACAAAAGACUACAAGUCUUUUAGUAGUAUAGAGGGCGGAAGUGAAGACACUGAUAUUACUCAGAGAGUCCGAAUUUCCUGGGCAACUUUGCAUUCCCUUCUCCAUUCGGAUAUAUCAGCUUGUCGUCAUCAUGGGUAUAUUUGGCUGGUCGAAUUGCUUCUUUCAGAAAUUAGCGAGGACACUAAGAGCAGUGUAUGGACUAAUAUCACAAGAUUGCAGCAGCAAAUCGGCAUUGCUGGGAGUCAAGAUUUUCCUUCUUGUUCAGAAGUUCCAUUGCCCAUUUCUAUACUUUGUGGGCUUUUGAAGUCAAAACAUAACUUCAUUAAAUGGGGCUUCCUCUUUGUUUUGGAGAAGUUUCUAAUGCGCUGCAAAUUAUUGUUGGAUGAAAGUGAGACGCAACAAACAAACCAUGAAGCUGCGGUUGAGAACCGUCUGGACAAAGCAACUGCAGUUAUCGACAUAAUGAGUAGUGCUUUAUCACUGGUGGUAAAUGAGACCGACCAUAUCAACAUUCUGAAGAUGUGUGACAUGUUAUUUUCACAAUUAUGUCUAAGGCUUCCUUCGACAACUCAUAAGCCUCUCGGGGAUCUCAAAAGCCUUCGUCAUCUUUUCGGCUGUUCGAUUAAGAGCCCUGAGGGUGAUUCAGAAGCUCUUGUAUCACAAAAGAAAGUACAAAAUAAAAAUAUUGACAAAAAUGAGCUGCCACAAAAAUCUGAAAGCAAUCAAUCUGCACAGCAAACCGUAAUUUAUGAGACAACAUCAAUGGCUGCGCUACUUUUGAGAGGAUGUGCUAUAGCUCCCAUGGAGCUCGUGGCCCGUGUGCCAACCUCAUUAUUAUACUGGCCGUUAAUGCAGCUUGCUGGUGCAGCGACUGACGAUAUUGCCCUAGGUGUUGCUGUGGGGAGUACGGGAAGAGGAAAUCUACCUGGUGCCACUUCAGAUAUCCGAGCGGCUCUUCUCUUGCUUCUGAUUGGGAAAUGCACAGCUGAUCAAGAAGCAUUUUUGGAAUUUGGAGGCAAAGAGUUUUUCAGGGGGCUUCUAGAUGAUACAGACUCCAGGGUAGCAUAUUACUCUGCUGCUUUUCUUUUGAAGAGAAUGAUGACUGAAGAACCUGAGAUCUACCAGCGCAUGCUUCAGAAUCUCAUUUCCAAAGCGCAACAGAGCAACAAUGAAAAACUUCUGGAGAAUCCUUACCUUCAAAUGCGUGGGAUACUACUGCUGUCAAAUGAUCUUGGAGCUCAAUGAAUCUUUACAUUAAACUUGGUACUUAGCUGAAAGGAACUUGUCAUGAAGGUCUGCUGGGGCAUGAUGCUUGUUAACCUCGUGUUUGAACAAGAUUCAAGUUAGGACUUCUGGUCUGGAUUUGCCUCCCUCUAUAUCAGAAGGUAUUUGGGGAAAACUUGUAAAUUAGUGCUUCGGCUAGAGAAUCAUAACAGUUGAAGAAAGUAAUGUACAGGUGACCUGCAGGUUUUCUUUAUUUGUUGAUUGAUUUAAAUUAUUUUCAUUCUUCCGCUCUCCAUCAGAGAAGAAUGUUUCUCCUUCAAGUUCAGGUACCACCUGUCCCCCCACCCCCCCUACUUUUGCUGAUCCAAUAGUUCAGUUUUGUGGGUAUUUAAGAACUUGCAUCCCCUUUCAUAUUGGAAUCAGCAACUUAAUUUGUGUAAUUACCGAUAGACUGUCACCGGCAUAGAGAGGUGGUCUCUGCAACAUGAGAACCGCCUUCUAGCCAUAAAAUUUUGUAAUCGUACUCGUCGAUCCGAGGUUCGUGCAGUUUUUUUUGUGGCGCAUCCUCGGGUAAUAAGUGUUGUGAGUGUGUAUGUUUGUUUCUCUAUUGAAUAACCAAUGUGCUGAUCUUGUAGAUUAUUACUAUCAGAAAGUAUAGUCAUAACCUCUCCAACCAGCAGUCAUAUUUUUU